CCUCUUUAGCAUAAUUAAGCAGUUAGACAUUAAUUAUCUGUCCAAAAGCAAAGUCUUGCUAUUGUUAAGCUACAGUAGAGCCUUUAGAUCAGCGGCUGGAGAGCUUAAUAAGUAUUUUCUCUGUUACAACAUAUAUCUCCCCCCCCCAUUACACACUGUGCACACACAGACACACACACACGCAGGCAUGUACACAUACACACACACACACACACACACUUGCUGCUGUCUUUUUUUUUUCCUGUCUGUCAGUUCUGUGCCAACUCCUCCAGCUUUACAAAUAUGAUAAGACCAAAGCCGCAAGAACUCUCCCUGCGCUGUGGUAAUGGUUAACCAGAUAAUUCGUCUAGGGGUGGGAAGAGAAAACUGUCAGAAGUUAUUCUGUCUUCUUUUUUGUGCUUGCCCGCCUUAAAUGAGUUGAAUUCAUUCAUAGCAGGACUCAGAAUGGAGGACACGUCGCGACAAGAGAAACAAGAUUUGGAAUAUAAAAAUCCAAAUGAGGAUGAAGGUGGGAUCCGUCGCCGAUUGCGAGACAGGGACCUUCUAAGGAAGAGAAAGGCCGAAGCAGAGGAGAAGGAAACUAACCAGUGGGUUUUGGGGGUGGAGAGCCAACGGAAAAGAUCAAGAGCUGAGGACAAGAGUGGCACAAAGAAGAGAGGGAGGCCCAGGAAGACCGAACCCACACCGCAGCUAUCUGUUGCACAGGAAGAAGUCACAGCACCUCAGGAAGCUCCUGCUGUCGUGGUGUUACCUGAACCUGCUGAGGUCAUCCAAGACCAAAUAACAGGCUCGCUGCCCCUCUUGUUUGCAGUGGAAUCACAACCAGCUUCCGUCCUUGCCCCCCCUGCUCCUGCAUCAGUGCUUGAGCCUAUCCAAAAUUCUGCCACUGCUCCUGUUCUGGCGUUUACUGCUCCAGUUCCCAUCCAAGAUUCAACUCCAGCUCCAGAUGCUGUCUCAUUCCCAGCUUUGUCCCAAGACUCUGUUCCAGCUGCAACUCCUGCUCCUCCUUCAGCUCCUUCCCAGGUGGAGACCCUCUAUACAGAGUCACAAGGCAAGGAGGCCCCUGUCCAGGUCCUGAUUGAAGAUUUAGGCCCAGAUGAGGAGGAGGACAUCUCUCCAGUGCAAGACAACAAAGGAGCUAAUGAAGAUUUGAGUGAAACACUUUCAUUCAACGUGCCUGAACAAAAUAACGUGUACUCAGUUCCAACCGUCUCCGCUCAGCCUAUGGCACGGGAAUAUUUUCCAGGAAAUUAAUUGCAACUUUUCUGAAAUGCACUGUCAAGAUAUUGCUUUACAUAUGCAAAGCCUCGUCACAGUUUGUAUCUGAAUAUUUCUUUUUUUGGUUAGUGUGCACACACAAGCUGAGGCAAGUCAUUGCUUAUUUUAAAAGAUGUAUGAAUUCAAACCAAAGCUGUAUGCUUAUUUAUUUUGGAUUGUGCUUGAGUGCAGAGCUUAUGAUUUUUUUUUAUAUAUAUAUAUACUUUGCAUUUAAUAUGCAACCAGUUUUGCUAGCCUUUAUUUAAAAGUUAAGCAUAUGAGUCACUGGUAAUUAUGUAUUCAUAAUUUUGGAUUUAUUUUUACGGAAUUUUGUAAAAGUUAUUAUUCGUCUAAUAAAAUUUAC